AUGGCCUCCCAAAACCGUGACCCAACCGCAGCCAGUGUCGUAGCCACCCGAAAAGGAGCCGAGCCCAGCAGGGGCGCAGCCCGGGGUUUCGUGGGCAAGAGGCUACAACAGGAGCUGAUGACCCUCAUGAUGUCUGGCAACAAAGGAAUCUCUGCCUUCCUGGAAUCAGAUAACCUUUUCAAGCGGAUAGGGACCAUCCAUGAUGCAGCUGGUACAGUCUAUGAAGACCUGAGGACUCAGGGUAACAUCUGUCUGGACAUCCUGAAGGACAUGUGGUCUGCCCUGUAUGACGUCAGGACUAUUCUCCUCUCCAUCCAGAGUCUGCUGGGAAAGCCCAACAUUAACAGCCCUUUGAACACACAUGCUGCCGAACUCUGGAAAAAACCCACAGCCUUUAAGCAAUACCUGCAGGAAACCUACUAAAAGCAAGGCUCCAGCCAAGAGCCCUGACCCUCCCUGCCCUUGUGUUGUCUUCUCUUCCAUAGAUGUCUGUCCUCCCUCCCCCUCCCCACUUGAUUUCUGUGUAGAACUCUUGUCUUAA